AUGGCCAUAAGAUUUUUCUCAGUUUGACCUGUACUUUCUUCAGAAUCUAUCAAAAUUAAUUUUUCUUUCGGAUUUUUAGUUUUGAAUGAAAUAAUGAAAGGAUUUUCAAUUAUAAAAUUUAUAAAACUAGAAAAUACGAAUUUUCGGAUAUUUAGAAGUAUUUCUAAAUAAAUAUAGCAAUUAUUGUCAAUAAAACUUCCAAAAACAGCGGUAAUUUUCCAAGUCGAUCACAGGGAUGUAAUAUAAUAUCUGGUAAUUAUUCAGAAUUUUUCUCAAUGAAUACGAUUUUCUAUGAAUUUUAUACUAGAAAAUAAAAAAAAAAAUUUAAAAUUCAUGAAAAAGGGAAAUAAGGGCGCGGACGUCAGGAUGACGUCAGCGCCCGGCGAACGCGAAUCGGGCGGAAACAGAGUUCAGCCCGGCAAUUCUUACGUAAGCGAUUACAGACGAUUUAAUUAAUCAAAUUAAGAUCUGUAAAAGCCGAAAGAAUCGUAAUAGAACAAAGUAUAUUUUAGUAAAUUAAAAUCACAAAGAAAUAUCACUAAAUGAAGCAUAAAGUAAGUUUGAAAGCAGGAAAACAGAGUUCCGCCGUCGCGACGGCGAUGCGUCGGCGAUGCACUGGAAUCCUGAGCAUUCGGGAGGAUCGUUGUGCAGUGUCCACGGCCUCGAAGGCUCUCCUUGGACAAAGACGACAUGGGCAAUCUCUAGAUCUUCUUGCGAAGUCUAGAGAUCAAUGAAAUGGGUCGCUGAGUCGUCUCCAGCGGCUGUCACCCAGCAGAGCGGAAAAACAGCGACUUUGCAGCUCUCCGGCGGCUGUCACCCGACGGAGAGGAGCUGGAUGGAGGUGGGGCGCGUGUCAGGGAGCUUCAUCCUCAGGUCCGCGCAGCAAGAGGAGGCUCUUCAUCGCAUCUGGUACCAUCUCAAGAGGUGGCGACUCGUCUCCCAGCGGAUCGUCCUCUUCCCGACGACGGCUUGUUCGUCGAUCAAUCGGAGAUGA